AUGAAGCAGCAACUCCUCCCACUCUUUGCGGCUGGAGCCGCUGCACUAUACGUGCCUUUCCUGGGUGUCAAGGAGAAACAACUCCUAUCCAUUGAGGUUGCUGAGGACAGUAUCGGAAAGAACCUUCUCUCCAACGUCCAAGACUGUUGGGAUGACUCUGCAUCCUCCAUCUACUCCUCUCUGAUCGAGAAACACAUCAUCGAAGAGCUUGAAGAUACUCUCCACAAGGAUCACAAGCAUCACGACCACGAUCAUGACCAUGACCAUGACGAUGAUGGCGACCACGGCCGCCACGGCCGUCACGGUCACCACCCCCCGGGAGACGCCAACAAGUCCAUCUACGAACUGAUCAAAGAGUCCAAGUACAGCGAGCGUUUCGCCAAUAUCGUCGACGAGCAUGACGACAUCAAGAGACUCCUCAACAACACCGACGGCAACAACAAGCACAACUACACCAUCUUCGUGCCCACCGACAAGGCCUUUGAACGGUUCCCUCACCACCCCGACCAUCCCCCGCCCGAGGAAGUAGUCCGCCACAUCCUCCAACACCACAUCAUCCCCUAUCGUCGACCCAUCUUUCACGAUCAUCGUCGUCACCAUGAUCACUCCCAAGAAGAAGAACAAGAAGAUCAAGACUUAUUCCACACCCUAACCUUUCCCCACCUCCUCCCCUCCCUCCACACCCUCCCCACCGAACUUCACUCCCCCCUCCUCGACCACCGCCCUCAACGCCUUCGCCUGUCCACCAACCCCUUAUUCUUCGGCCACGGCCGCGUGCGCGUCAACUUCGUCAACCGCGUCGUCAUGCCCGACAUCUACGCCUCCAACGGCUUGAUCCACGCCGUCGACGGGAUCUUGGUCCCGCCUCCUCCUGCCCUGAAAGGGGUUUCGCUUUUGCCGAGUUUGUUUAGCACUUUCUCUUUGGCGCUGGAGAAGACGGGGCUUGGUGAGGAGUUGGGGCAUGGCCAUGGCCACGAUGAUAACGACGAAAAUGAUGAUGUUAAACAAAAGGGAGGAAAAAAGAUGGGAGGCGGAGAAAAGGAAGGCAAAGGGGGCACCCUCUUCGCCCCCACCAACCGCGCCUUUGCCCGUCUCGGCCCCCGUCUUAAUGCGUUCCUGUUUAACACGGAGCGGGGCAAGAAGUAUCUGAAGGCUAUUCUCAAGUAUCACUUUGUUCCGGGGCAGACGGUUUAUUCGGAUGCUUAUUACAAGGCUGGCUCCGACGACGACAAGUCCGAGGAGUAUACCUCCAACUGUCCGCACAACUGUCCGCCGACGCACUAUGAUCUCCCAACGUUGUUGAGUGAGGACGCGAGGCUGGGCGUAGAUAUCAAGAAUUGGAGGGGGUAUACAAUUAUGGUGGUUAAUGGGUUUAAUCGCCCGAGCGUGUUGGAUGGACCGGCGGAGGAUGGGGUCAUUCAUGUUGUUUCUAGCGUGUUGAUUCCGCCGCGUAGGGGCAAUUAUGGGGAUGAAAAAGAGGAGGGGGAGGUGGGGGAGAUGAGUGUUGAGGAGUUGGUGGCUAGGUUGGAGCCGUAUAUGAAGGAGGAGGAGGAGUCGGAGCGGCCGCACUCUGGUGAUUUGUGA